GCUCUGGGCGAGCCAGACACGGUUUGCCCAGUGCAGAGAGAAGAGGGGCUCCGUGUUCCGCCUCCGUGGAGUAUUUGGGAUUGGAGAGAGAGACACACACACACGCACACACACACACAGAGACCAUCUGCAGUGUCAAUGCGGCGCCUGCUCUGAAGACUGAAGUGGGGGGAAAGGAGAGGAGAAAAAAAAUUAUACUAUUUAUAUAUAUAUUUAUCUGCCGAAACCCACCCAAAAGCAAGCAAGGAACCAUCCCAGGACAAAAUCUGCCAGGGAAUUGGUAUUUUGAAGACGCUUGCAGCUUUUAAUCCUCAUUCCCUUGGGAAUACAAACCUUUCUAACCAUGUCACUGGCCAUGUGGAAAUGGACUUGGCUGGUUUCUCACCUCCUGCUAUCCACCACAGUGUCGCCUCUUAGUAGGCAGCAGCCACUCCGUCCAAAGAGGCCCUUCAUCACUUUCACUGGAGACCAAGCAGAGGGAAACUUCAACCACUUGGUGGUUGAUGAAAGAACUGGGCACAUUUACUUGGGCGCUGUCAACAGGAUCUACAAACUGUCCAGUGACCUGAAGGUCCUGGUGACUCACCAGACUGGUCCUGAUGAAGAUAAUCCCAAGUGUUAUCCUCCCAGGAUAGUCCAAACCUGCAAUGAACCUUUGACACCCACUAACAACAUAAACAAAAUGCUCCUCAUAGACUACAAGGAGAAUCGAUUGAUAGCCUGUGGGAGUCUUUACCAGGGCAUUUGCAAGCUUUUGAGGCUUGAUGACCUCUUCAAGCUGGGAGAGCCCUUCCACAAGAAGGAGCAUUAUCUCUCUGGGGUGAAUGAGAGUGGCUCUGUUUUUGGAGUCAUUGUUUCUUACAGCAACAUGGAUGACAAGUUGUUCAUUGCCACUGCUGUGGAUGGCAAACCUGAGUAUUUCCCCACUAUUUCCAGCAGAAAGCUCACCAAGAACUCUGAGGCAGAUGGGAUGUUUGCAUAUGUCUUUCAUGAUGAGUUUGUAGCUUCUAUGAUCAAGAUCCCCUCAGACACCUUUACCAUCAUCCCUGACUUUGAUAUCUACUACAUCUAUGGCUUCAGCAGCGGUAACUUCGUUUAUUUCCUGACUCUGCAGCCUGAGAUGAUCUCACCACCUGGUUCCACCACGAAGGAGCAGGUUUAUACCUCCAAGCUGGUCCGGCUUUGUAAGGAGGAUACAGCCUUUAACUCCUACGUUGAGGUGCCCAUUGGCUGUGAGAAGAAUGGGGUGGAAUAUCGGUUGCUGCAGGCAGCCUACUUGUCUAAGGCUGGAGCUAUCUUGGCAAGGUCCUUGGGUGUUGGUCCUGAGGAUGAUAUCCUCUUCACCGUCUUCUCCAAGGGGCAGAAAAGGAAGAUGAAGUCCUUGGAUGAGUCUGCUCUUUGUAUUUUUGUCCUGAAAAAGAUCAACGAUCGCAUCAAGGACAGACUGCAGUCCUGCUACAGGGGAGAGGGGACCUUAGAUCUGGCCUGGCUCAAAGUCAAGGACAUUCCCUGUAGCAGCGCGUUGUUAACAAUUGAUGACAAUUUUUGUGGCCUGGAUAUGAAUGCCCCCUUGGGAGUAUCAUCCAUGGUGCGAGGGCUCCCUAUUUUCACUGAGGAUGGAGACAGAAUGACAUCUGUGAUUGCUUACGUCUACAAGAAUCACUCCCUGGCUUUUGUGGGCACUAAGAGUGGGAAGCUCAAGAAGAUCCGUGUGGAUGGCACCACCAAGAACACGCUGGAGUAUGAGAUUGUGCAGGUGGUGGACACCGGGCCCAUAUUACGAGAUAUGGCCUUUUCAGUGGAUCAUGAACACCUCUACAUCAUGUCUGAGAAGCAGCUCACGCGAGUGCCUGUGGAGUCGUGUAGCCAGUAUGAAACCUGCAGCGAGUGCUUGGGCUCAGGGGACCCUCACUGUGGAUGGUGUGUUCUUCACAACACGUGCACGAGGAAGGAGCGGUGUGAGCGCUCCAGCGAGCCUCGGCGAUUCGCCUCGGAGAUGAAGCAGUGUGUCCGGCUGACCGUGCAUCCCAACAACAUCUCCGUCUCCCAGUACAACGUAUUGCUCGUCUUGGAGACCUACAAUGUUCCUGAGCUGUCAGCAGGAGUCAAUUGCACCUUUGAGGACCUUUCAGAGAUGGAUGGCUUGGUGGUGGGCAGUCAGAUACAAUGCAUCUCACCAGCUGCCAAAGAGGUGCCCCGGAUCAUCACAGAGAAUGGAGACCAUCACAUUGUUCAGCUUCAGCUCAAGUCCAAGGAAACGGGCAUGACCUUUGCCAGCACCAGCUUCGUCUUCUACAACUGCAGCGUCCACAACUCGUGUCUGUCAUGCGUGGAGAGCCCUUAUCGGUGUCACUGGUGCAAGUACCGCCAUGUCUGCACUCACGACCCCAGCUCCUGCUCCUUCCAGGAGGGACGAGUCAAGCUGCCUGAGGACUGUCCCCAGCUGCUGCAGGCAGAGAAGAUCCUGGUGCCAGUGGAAGUGAUUAAGCCGAUCACACUGAAGGCCAAGAACCUUCCCCAGCCACAGUCAGGCCAACGAGGCUAUGAGUGCAUCCUGAACAUCCAGGGCAAUGAGCAGAGGGUACCUGCCUUGAGGUUCAACAGCUCCAGUGUGCAGUGCCAGAACACUUCGUAUUCAUACGAAGGGAUGGAGAUUAACAGCCUGCCAGUGGAACUGACGGUCGUGUGGAACGGGAAUUUCAACAUUGACAACCCAGCACAGAACAAAGUUCACCUGUACAAGUGUGGGGCCAUGCGGGACAGCUGUGGACUCUGCCUGAAAGCUGACCCAGACUUCGAGUGCGGCUGGUGUGAGGGACAGAGCCAGUGCACACUGAAGCAGCACUGCCCAGCCCAGGACAGCCAGUGGCUGGAGCUGUCCAGCACCAAGGGCAAAUGCACCAACCCCAAGAUCACAGAUAUUAAUCCAGUGACGGGUCCUCGUGAAGGUGGGACCAAAGUGACCAUCCGUGGGGAGAAUCUGGGGCUGGAGUUCAGAGAUAUUGCAUCUCACGUCAAAGUGGCUGGAGUGGAGUGCAAACCACUGGUGGAAGGGUACAUCCCAGCAGAGCAGAUAGUAUGUGAGAUGGGGGAGGCCAAGCCCAGCCAGCAUGCUGGAUUUGUGGAAAUUUGUGUGACUGAGUGCAAGCCAGAGUUCAUGGCCAGAUCUUCACAGCUCUACUACUUUAUGACUCUGACACUCUCUGAUCUCAAGCCGAAGCGGGGACCAGUGUCAGGUGGCACCCAGGUGACAAUUACAGGCAACAACCUCAAUGCAGGCAGCAAUGUCAUUGUGACCUUUGGGAGACAACCCUGUCUCUUCUACAGGAGAUCCACCAAGCACAUUGUCUGUAACACCACUGCCUCAGAUGAAGGCUUUGAGAAGGUGAAGGUCUCUGUGAGAGUGGACAAGGCCAAGAUACAUCAGGAGUUGCAGUAUGAAUAUGUAGAGGAUCCAACCAUCCUGAGGAUUGAGCCAGAGUGGAGCAUUUUCAGUGGCAACACACCCAUUGCAGUGUGGGGAACUCACCUAGACCUGAUCCAAAACCCUCAGAUCCGGGCAAAGCAUGGUGGAAAGGAACACGUCAAUAACUGUGAGGUGCAAAACAGCACAGAGAUGACCUGCCAGGCUCCAGCACUGGCUGUCGACCCAAAUCACCAUUCAGAGCUUGCUGAGCGUCCAGAAGAGUUUGGCUUCAUUCUUGACAAUGUGCAGUCUCUGCUGAUACUCAACAAAACCAACUUCACCUACUACCCAAACCCAAUCUUUGAGGUUUUUAAUCCCUCAGGGAUUCUGGAGCUGAAGCCGGGAAGUCCCAUCAUACUGAAGGGCAAGAACCUGAUCCCACCAGUGGCAGGAGGGAAUGCCAAGCUGAACUACACCGUUUUGGUAGGUGAGAAGCCCUGUGCAGUGACCGUAUCAGAUGUUCAGCUACUGUGUGAAUCUCCAAACCUCACUGGAAGGCACAAGGUGAUGGCUCGUGUAGGAGGGAUGGAAUUCUCCCCAGGGAUGGUCUACAUCUCUCCAGACAGCCCUCUCAGCUUGCCAGCUAUUGUCAGCAUUGCAGUGGCUGGUGGCCUUCUCAUCAUCUUCAUUGUGGCCGUGUUGAUAGCAUACAAGCGCAAAUCCAGGGAGAGUGACCUCACCCUCAAGCGCCUGCAGAUGCAGAUGGACAACCUGGAGUCCAGGGUGGCACUGGAGUGCAAAGAAGCCUUUGCAGAGCUGCAGACAGACAUUCACGAGCUGACAAGUGAUCUGGAUGGAGCUGGGAUCCCCUUCCUCGACUACCGAACCUACACUAUGAGGGUGCUUUUCCCUGGCAUUGAAGAUCACCCAGUCCUGAGGGAUCUGGAGGUCCCUGGCUAUAGGCAGGAACGGGUGGAGAAAGGCCUGAAGUUCUUUGCACAGCUCAUCAACAACAAGGUUUUCCUGCUGUCCUUCAUCCGUACCCUGGAGUCCCAGCGGAGCUUCUCCAUGCGGGACCGUGGUAAUGUGGCCUCACUGAUCAUGACGGUGCUGCAGAGCAAGCUGGAGUAUGCUACUGAUGUCCUCAAACAGCUUUUGGCUGACCUCAUAGAUAAAAAUCUGGAGAGCAAGAACCACCCCAAGCUGUUGCUCAGGAGGACAGAGUCUGUGGCUGAGAAGAUGCUCACCAACUGGUUCACCUUCCUCCUGUAUAAGUUCCUCAAGGAGUGUGCUGGGGAGCCUCUGUUCUCCCUUUUCUGUGCCAUCAAGCAGCAGAUGGAGAAGGGCCCAAUCGACUCAAUCACUGGGGAGGCUCGGUACUCCCUGAGUGAGGACAAGCUUAUCCGACAGCAGAUUGACUACAAGACACUGGUCCUGAGCUGUGUGAACCCUGACAACAUGAACAGUUCCGAGAUCCCGGUGAAGAUCCUGAAUUGUGACACCAUCACACAGGUCAAGGAGAAGAUCCUUGAUGCCAUCUUCAAGAACGUGCCCUGCUCCCACCGACCCAAAGCUGCUGAUAUGGACUUGGAGUGGCGACAAGCAAGUGGGGCAAGGAUGAUCCUUCAGGAUGAAGACAUCACAACCAAGAUAGAGAAUGACUGGAAGAGACUCAACACGCUGGCACACUAUCAGGUGCCAGAUGGAUCUGUGGUAGCUUUAGUCUCCAAGCAAGUCACUGCCUACAAUGCAGUCAAUAACUCCACAGUCUCACGGACGUCAGCCAGCAAGUAUGAAAACAUGAUCCGUUACACGGGGAGCCCAGACAGCCUCCGCUCCCGCACACCCAUGAUCACCCCUGACCUUGAAAGUGGAGUCAAAAUGUGGCACUUGGUAAAGAACCACGAGCACGGUGACCAAAAAGAGGGUGACCGGGGCAGCAAGAUGGUUUCUGAGAUCUACCUGACAAGACUACUUGCCACCAAGGGCACCCUCCAGAAAUUUGUAGAUGACCUCUUUGAGACCAUCUUCAGCACUGCUCACCGUGGCAGUGCACUUCCCUUGGCUAUCAAAUACAUGUUUGACUUCCUGGAUGAGCAGGCUGACAAACACAACAUCCAUGACCCCCAUGUGCGGCACACCUGGAAGAGUAAUUGCCUGCCAUUACGGUUCUGGGUUAACAUGAUCAAGAACCCGCAGUUUGUCUUCGACAUCCAUAAGAACAGCAUCACAGAUGCCUGCCUUUCUGUAGUGGCUCAGACUUUCAUGGACUCCUGUUCAACCUCAGAGCACCGUCUGGGCAAAGAUUCACCCUCCAACAAGCUUCUGUAUGCCAAGGACAUCCCCAGCUACAAGAACUGGGUGGAAAGGUACUAUUCAGACAUUGCCAAAAUGCCUGCAAUCAGUGACCAGGACAUGAAUGCAUACUUGGCUGAGCAGUCUCGCAUGCAUAUGAACGAGUUCAACACCAUGAGUGCACUCUCAGAGAUAUACUCCUACGUUGGCAAGUACAGCGAGGAGAUUCUUGGAGCCCUUGAUCAAGACGACCAGGCUGGGAAACAGAAACUUGCCUACAAACUUGAACAAGUCAUAACCCUCAUGAGCAUAGACAGCUGAGAACUGUCCUACCAGGGACACCCUGGGAGGGAUAAACCAAGUCGUGCCUCACUCAAGAUCAUCAUCUUUACCAAGUGCAAGUUUUGAUUGGCUGUAAGCAGAGUCACCUGAACUGUGCUCCUCCCUCUUCUCUCUUUCAUUUAUUUCUCUUUCAAGAUCUAUGGACAAAGAGACAAAGCCCAAGGGGGUUAAAAAAAAAAAAAAAAGGAAAAGGACUGCAGAGGAAUCAAGAUAUUUGGGUGGAGCUCUCCUUUUCACAGCUUCCUCUCUGCCUUUGCCCUCGAGAAAAACUGUUCCACACAAAAAGUAAACACCGCAAACCCUCCCCCAACAUCACAUCACACUCUGCAGAUGGGAAAUUGGGAGGCAACUUUUGUCAUGCUGCUUUAAUUACCCUCCAAGGGUUGUAGCCUCUGGAGUGGACAUGGAAAUGAACUCAGUAUUACUAAAAGUCUCCCCAAGGGGAAGGCAGCCUGCCUGCAGGGAUCUUGGAGGGCAGGAGCAAAUUGAGAUCCUCUCCUGCAGAGCCAUUGCAACUCUAUCUCUUGAUAGUGAUCCACUGGGAGAGGAACUCUAAGGCUCUCAACAAAUGCCACAGCUCUGUCCAAAGUGGGACCAUGGUGGCUUUUAUCUGCCCAGGCAAACAGGAGUGUAGCUGCUCUCUUGGGGCAGAAGAAGGGUCAAGAGGGGAGGAGGAGACCAAGGCUCCCCUGCCCAUGUGUUUCAUAUGGUUAUUCUUAUUUUUCAAAGAGACCUGUGUCCCCCUCUGUCUUUCCCAUUGUGUCCUGUUGGUUGUAGCACUGCAGCAAAAAUGCUUUCUCUGCUUGGUGGCAUCCCGUCAGUGAUGGUUCUGUUCCUUCUGGCAAUGGACAGCACAGCAUCUCCCUUGUUGCCACCUCAGCUUGGAAAGCAAGGGCCAGAAGUUUCAUUUUGUUCCUGACGAGGAGCUUGACCUCCAAAUCCAACUAGAGGUAUUUUUUUUAGAAGCUGUUUGCUCUUUCCAUUUUGUUUCCUCAACUGGAACAAAGCUAUUGUUAUCUCACAGUUGAAUAUCAGAAGGAUACCGAAGGGCUUGCCGUGAAGCGAGGUGGUGCACAGGACUGGUGGUAAAACCUUCCUUCAAAGCCAAUCCUGAGAGGAAAUGUUACCAUACAUUCUGGAAGGAAAUCUUGGAGGAAAUCCAAAUGAAAUACUACAAAGUAUGCUUCUACCUAGAUAACCCCAGCAGAACUUCAUGUCUUCUGGAGGUCUCUAAAGCUCAUCUGCCUUUUGGUGCCAAGUCCUGGCCUUGGCUAUUCUCCAUUUCUGGAACCAACAGGCCUUUCUGAAGGCACAAUUGCUACCUGGGAACUAUAUGCUCUCUCUUUGCACUUCUUAUCCCUUUACAGAUCACUGUCACUACAGAACAAUUGUGGAUGAUUUUUCUGCUCUUCUCCUCCAGAACGACAUCUCAACCUGUUUCAUGGCCAGGCAAAGAGAAGUGAGUUCCUGUGUUUCUUCUGCAUUUGGCUGUGUUGUUCAUACAGCUGCCAGCCUGGAUGACACCAUGGUUCAGCAGAAUGGGAGACCCUCCCAGGGUAUGCAGUACAUUGCAUCUUGUUCCCCGUGGAAGCAUGAGAUGGGUUUUGCAUUUAUCUCACCAAAAACCAACAGAGCUCACUAGCAAGGUGGAGGACUGGCUUGAUGCCACAGAGAAUCAUCCCACAUCCAUCUCACACCAUUCUCAGAGCUACAGCCUGGAUCUACUUUGCACCUGGAGGGAUGAAGGGGUAAAGACAGGGUGUGUAAAUCAGUCACAGAAUGAGUGCAUUUGGUUUUGUUCAUGCCUCUUGCUAGCAAACCAGAACCUCUUCAGAAUGACAACUCUAAUGGGGGAUGUGGUGCAAAUAGGAGUUAGUCAGCGAGCGGGUUUCGUUUAGCCAAGCAGAUACAGAUGUAGGCAAGCCUUUCUAAAACCAUUUAAAGAACAGCAGUCCCAAACUGGAUGUGUCUGUGGAGAGAAUUAUCUCAACAUUCAUAUUGAAACAGCAAACUUAGGGACACGUCUUGGUUUUAAAGCCCCAGACAUUUCUCUCUUGAUUCUAAUGAUUAUGAUUUUGUGCGUGUGCGUGUGCGUAUCCGUGUGUGCGUGUGCGUUAGUUCCCUUUUCCUUUUGGCUUGCUUUCUGUUUGAUUGCUGAGCUGAUGGACUCAUCAUGCACCUUAUGGACAUCUCAGCAUUUUUAAGAGGCCUGCGCAUUGGAGAUGGUUUGGGUUUGGUUGGUUCUGCCUUGGUUGUGUUGAUCCAUUUAGUAAUGUCGGCGCAUGUUCCAGAUCCAUCGAUUAUGGCUGUGAAAGUGGGGUGGAAGUCCCACCAGAGCCAGCAGUAAGAAAAUUGCAACACCACCACAAACACAAUAUUUUUUAUAA